CCUCCGCUCCUCUCGCCGUCUCGAGCGCGCGCCUAUUGUUCAGCGCAAGCAUGGGCGGACAGUUGUCCAAGGCGGGCAACCGCGAAACCGUGGGGGACGCUGCGGUGGCAUCGCCCCAAAAACUCAACGGACAGGACGGCGACCACGCCAAGGUGAACGGCGACGCGUCCCCCGGAGCCGGCGACGCCAAGGCCGACGUGCAGGCCAACGGCAGUGCCACGGUCGCGGCCGCCGACAAGGAGGAGGUGGAGGAGAAGGAGGAGGAGGGCGGCGCCGGAGGGGCGGCCGCCGCCCCCGCGGCCACCGACGACGCCAAAGCACCGGACUCCAACGGCGAUGCCGUUGAAGCCUCCGCCGCCGCGGCCGCCCCGGCGCAGGCCGAGGGCGCCGCGGGGGCCGCAGCGGCCGCGUCCCCGGCCUCGGCGGUCGCCUCCCCCAAGUCGGACGACGCGGCCACCCCGGGCUCGUCCGGCGAGACGCCCAACAAGAAGAAGAAGAAACGCUUCUCCUUCAAGAAGUCCUUCAAGCUGAGCGGCAUCUCCUUCAAGAAGAAGCCCAAGGAGGAGAGCGCCGAGGGGGGCGACGCCAAGGCGGCCGCCGCCAAGGAGGGAGGGGCCGAAGGGGCCGAGGGGGCCAAGGAGGAGGCCGCCGCCGCGCCGGCCGAGGGCAAGAAGAGCGGCGAGGAGAAGGAGGAGGGGGAGGGGGCGGCCGCCGCCACGGCGGCGGCUGAGAAGACGCCGGCCAAGGAGGCCGAGCCGAAGCCGGCGGAGGCCAAGGAGGAGGCAGGAGGUGCUCAGGAGGCGGCGGCCGCUGCUGCCGCCCCCGACGCGGCAGAGAGCGGCAAGGGACAAGAGGCGGCGGCGGCAGCCGUGGCCAAGCCUGGCGACGAGGCCAAGGAGGAGCCGGCGGCUGCGGAGGCCGGCGCGGCGGCGGCGGCGGCGGGGGGGGAUGCCAGCGAGGCCAAGGAGGCCGCCGCCGCUGCCGCCGCUCCGGCCAAGACGACGGGAGAAGCCGCCGUGGCGGCCGCGCCGCCGGCCGCCACGGCGCCGAGCAAAGCGGAGGAGGAGAAGAGCGAGGAGGCGGAGGCCGCCCCCAGCGCGGCCCAAGGGGCGGAAGCUGCGGCCCCCGAGGCCGAGUAGAGAGCGUCGGCGGCGGUGGCAUCGCUGACGGCAGCGGUGACGGCAGCCACGACGACGACGAGGGGGAGGGGGAGUGGUGAGAGGGGGAGGGGGGCGCUAAGGCUCCCCCCUUUACCUCUCCUUCCCGGCACGGUGCCAUGGCCGGCGUUCUGGGGUUCGAGAGACUUUCCAGGGAUGUGCGGUCGCUUCUUUUCCCCGUUUAUUUUUUGUUCCUCUUCUCGUGUCCUCCUCCUCCUCCGCCCCCCUCCCCAAAAAAAA